AUGGCACAACAAGUUGAGGUGGUCAGAGAGACCAUCACUUGUUCAAUCUGUUUGGAUCUCUUAAAAAAGCCAGUGACGAUUCCCUGUGGACACAGCUACUGCAUGAGCUGUAUUGAAACCCACUGGGAUGAAGAGGAUGAGAAGAGAGACUACAGCUGCCCUCAGUGUAGGAAGACCUUCUCACCGAGGCCUGACCUGGUGAAAAGCACCAUAUUGGAAGUCUUAGUGAAGGAGCUGAAGAAGAAUGGACUCCAAGCUGCUCCUGCUGAUCACUGCUAUGCUGGACCUGAAGAUGUGGCCUGUGACGUCUGCACCGGGAGGAAACGAAAAGCCCACAAAUCUUGUCUGCAGUGUCUGGCUUCUUACUGUGAGACAGACCUUCAGCUUCACUAUGUAUCUCCUGCCUUUAAGAAACACAAGCUGCAGGAGCCCUCAAAGCGCCUCCAGGAGAUGAUCUGCCAUACAGAUCAGCAGUCUAUCUGUUACAUCUGCACUGCAGAUGCAGAUAGAGACUAUGUCACAGUCUCAGCUGCAGAAGAAAGGACUGAGAGGCAGAGAGAGCUUGAGGGGAGUCGACAAAACAUCCAGUAG